GUUGGAUUUGUCGCCGUUAUGGCGCCAGAGACGCAUUUUGAAUUUGACAGCAGCCGCCAUUUUAUUAACGACGCUCCAACGUUUGUUUCAAUCUCCUUGUUUUUCGUGGUUUUGUUCAAAUUAUUGAUAAACAACGUGAAUUCAGUGUUAAAAGCUCAACAAAAACUGCUAUUAAGAAGAUUAAGAGAGAAAAUCGGCAAAAAUGGACAGAUUUGUGCCUCGAUUUUUGUAUGAUAGAUACAUACGGUUUAGAAUAUGGCGCCGAGAUUUCUCAUUUGACGAUUGGGAUGCUGAGAGAGUCUUUAAAACAUCUUUGUAUUUAACGGAAUGGUUAUUACAAAUUAUCCUGCUGGCUCUCUUUUGGUUAUUUAUUAUUCCGCCGAUAAUGGAUAACGAUUUUUUCGUAGGUGAGGAGCUGGGUGAAGUUAUUAGAGAGUUCGUCUUGGUUUGUACUAGACCAACUGUAAAAGGAUUCAUUAUACUCAUUUCAUCGGCCGUUGCGCUUAAUUUAUUAUUUAACUUCAUUCUGCGUUGUCGGCGCCUAACUUCCCGUCAAUAUCAUGUUAUGUCAGCUACUAUUGGAUAUGUUUUAUUGCAAAUAAAUUGCAACGCGAAAAGCAUGGUUGUAAUUAUGGUGUUUAUGUUGAUAAUUUUUUUGUUGGUAAAUCGACUUAAAGUUUUUGUUGAGAGGGACAGGCAAAUAAUCCGGCCUGUAUACACCAUUACGUUGAUUUUGACCACUAUUCUUUGCUUGGGGGAGUUUUUCUUUCCUUAUGAACGCGUUUGGGAGGGAAGUCGUGCCAUUAUGAUGGUAAUGACUAUGAAAGUUAUUAGCAUAUCAACCGACGAUUACUGUUUAAAACGUAUUACUACUGUAGAAUUAGUAGGUUAUUUGCUUUGCCCGGCCAGCGUUCUCUUUGGCCCGUGGAUGUCCAUGGACACCUACACUCUUAAUAAUGUUCAUCGUCAAAAAUUGAGUGCGAAAUGGUUCACCCAAACGAUUCAAGCCUUCACCUACGCUAUGGCACACAUGAUUCUAAGCAACUGUUUGGUACAAAGCAUAACUCCAAUUUCAGACGCUUUCUAUAUCCCAAUGAAAUGGCACGAAGCUCUUCGAAACAGUUUCGCAUUCCGGUCCAGCAAUUAUUGCACCGGAUAUAUGGCUGAAUUUACUAUGCUUACCGCAGGAUUUAAUGCUUAUCAACAUUAUGAUGAGGAACAACGUUGGGAUUAUCCCGUUGCUCGGCCAUCGAAUAUUGAAUGUCCAAGAUCAAUGGCUGUUGUUCUAAAAAACUGGAAUAUUCCAGCUUAUCGUUUUUUCAAAGAUUGCGUUUACAGUCCAUUUUCAGAAAUUAAUUAUGUUUGUGGACUCACUAUGACGUUUGUGUUGGCGUUAUUAUUGAAUGGCUUUAACGCACGUAUGAUGUUGAUUUUGCUUACAAUGGGAAUUUUAUCAUAUUCUCAAGAAAUCAUCCAAGAUAAAUUAGCUUACUGGUUUGACUGCUGUUGUUGCGUUAAUCCUUGUGACGACGAAUGCGAGCAUCGUUUCGGCCCUUGGAAUCCCAUUACUUUGAUUAUUAACGGUUUUAACAUGGUAAUAAACGUAUCUCAUUUGGCUUAUUUGGGUUACGUUAUGGAUAGGAAAUUCGAGAGAACCACAAUUUACGAAUUGUAUGAAAUAUGGGAGGAUGAAUUCGGUGUGCAAACCCACUUUCUUAUGUUGGUUUGGUGGGCAACCAUGUUGUUUAUAUCUUAAAACCCUUUAGAUGACUAAAUUUAUAUUCUGCAUUCCUAAAGGCUGUGUUAAAUUACUACUACUUACUAUAGUUAAAAAAAAAUUUGUUUAGAAUUAAUGUUUAGUUUUCGUUUACUUUGAAAUACGUUUAUAUUAAAAAAAAAUAAUGUUGUGUUCUCGUAGAAAUAUUUUUUGUCACAAUUUCAAUUGUGUUUUGUAUUUUUUGUAAUGAUUUUCUAAUAAAAAAAAUUUAAAAAUGUAAAUAUGAGUAUGAUUUUAGUUGUUACAACAAUUAUCUCGACUACUGUUGGAGAUAUGACAAAAUGUAUUCUAUUAUCUGGUAGGUAUA